UACACCAUAGUCUGGAUGGCUAACAGAGACGAACCCGUGAACGGAAAGCACUCACAACUUUCCUUAACGAAAUCAGGCAAUGUUGUUCUUACUGAUGCUGACCAGCGCACUGUUUGGGCCACUGCAACACAAUCAAAUGCCUCUGUUGAAUUGAAACUCUUGAACAACGGCAACCUAGUUCUUGCAGCUUCACAGGACACAAGUACUAUUUGGCAAAGUUUUGACACACCAACUAACACACUCCUUCCUGGACAAGCACUGACCAAAAAUUCAAAGCUUGUAUCUCUAAGAAGCUCAACCAAUUACUCAUCAGGCUUUUACAAGCUACAAUUCGCUGAUAAUAAUGUUCUCCAGCUUCUUUAUGAAGGCUUAGAGAUGUCAGGUGUUUACUGGCCACCCUCGUGGCAAACAAGCGUGGCAGCUGGACGAUCCACCUACAACAAUAGCAAAAUUGCAGUGCUAGACCGUUUAGGCCAAUUCAAAUCGACUGAUAAGUUCAACUUUAAAACUGCUGAUCAUGGUGAAGGAGGCAUUCAAAGAAGAUUAACAUUGGAUAUUGAUGGGAAUAUCCGAGUGUACAGCCUGAAUAAGCAGAGGAAUAAUUGGGAAGUUUCUUGGCAACUUAAUUGGCAACCCUGCUUAAUUCAUGGAAUUUGUGGGUUGAACAGUUUAUGCACUUAUAGUCAUGAUUCUGGUAGGAAAUGCACUUGCCUACAACAUCAUAAGAUGAAAAAUGUGACUGAUUGGUCUUAUGGGUGCGAACCAGAUUUUAAGCUCUCUUGCCCUGAUAGCAAUAGGGUGGAUUUCGUUCAUCUUCGUCACGUUGAAUUCUUCGGGUAUGACAUUACGUAUUAUAAAAAUCACACCUUGGAGCAAUGCAAACAGAAGUGCUCAGAUAACUGCAGCUGCAAAGGAUUUCAAUUCAACUUUGAAUCGGGGGAUGGCGUUUAUAGCUGCUAUCUUAAGACACUUCUCUUCAAUGGGUACCGCUCACCAUCCUGGGAAGAUUCAGUUUACAUUAAACUGCCCAAGAAUGUUCGUAGUUCGUAUGAGGAAGGACCUACAGGCAAAUUGCAGUGUGAAAGAACACAUGAAGUGUUGGUGGAAAGAAUUUACAAACGAAAAGAGCAACAUGGAUGGUUAAAGUCAUUUAUUGGGUUUACUGUUGCACUUGGAGUGUUCGAGAUCAUAUGCCUUGUCUCUUAUUUGAUAACUAUUCUCAAACGCUCUAAGGCAACAUUUGGUCAGGUUUAUAUUCCGGUUUUCAAUAGGUUCAAGAGAUUCACCUAUGCCGAGCUGAAAAAAGCAACGUCUAAUUUCAGAGAUGAAAUUGGACAAGGAAGUGGCGGUGUCGUGUACAAAGGCAAAUUAUCGGACAACAGAAUAGCAGCCAUCAAGUGUCUCAAAUUAGAAGCCAAUCAAGGAGAAGCUGAAUUUCUUGCAGAGGUGAGCACAAUUGGCAAGCUUAACCACAUGAACUUGAUAGAUCUAUGGGGUUAUUGUGCCGAGGGAAAACACAGGCUCCUAGUGUACGAGUACAUGGAACAUGGUUCUUUAGCAGAUAAUUUACAUGCCAACAAUAUUCUUGAUUGGGAAAAGAGGUUUGAGAUAGCUUUGGGAACGGCAAAAGGUCUUGCUUACUUACAUGAAGAGUGUCUAGAAUGGGUUUUGCAUUGUGAUAUAAAGCCUCAGAAUAUUCUUUUGGACUCAAAUUACGAGCCAAAGGUAGCUGAUUUUGGUCUCUCAAAGCUAUUACACCGAGGUGGAGUGGACAAUCUAAGCUUUUCGAAAAUAAGGGGGACAAGGGGUUACAUGGCUCCUGAAUGGAUUUUUCGCCAUCCCAUCACCUCCAAAGUUGAUGUCUACAGCUAUGGAAUAGUACUGCUAGAAUUGAUCACCGGUAAGAGCCCAAACCGAGCUCAACGUAAUAACAUGGAUAAUGAUGAGAUGCAAGAUACAAUGCUUGUUACUUGGGUUCGAGAGAAGAUGCAUGGAGUUGAGCAAACAGCUUCACAAAUUCAACAAGUCGUGGACCCUACUUUAGAUGGUGUUAACUACUUGGGAAAAAUGGAAGUUCUGAUAAAAGUAGCUUUGCAGUGUUCAGAAGAAGACAAAGAUGCAAGACCCAGCAUGAGCCAAGUGGUGGAUAUGCUACAAGCAUAAAGAACAUUAUUUAUGUGGAAGUAGCUGUUAUAGCCUCUGGCUUGCUUUUUAUCCAACUCACCUAGACCCUAGGGGAGUAUGGGUGAG